UGUGUCUGAGACAGAACCUCGACGGGCAACUCAAAACCAUUCAACAACAAUCUCUUAAAGAUGAAAUAUAGCCCAAAAUUUGAUGGGUCUGCCCAUUUCACAGUCUUCCUUUAGCCCAACUCCUCUAUUCCUUCAGUAAAAUUAAACUGUGAACUUGUACAGUGAAACUGAGUCACUGGGUUGCCAUGGCAGAGAAGAAGAAGGAGCUGGUGAUGGUGACUGAUUCGACUCACCGCCGACCCACAAAAAGAUUAAAUGAAGACCAAUACCACUCGCUUGUCGAUGAAACUGAGACGCCCCAAAAGAAAGCCAAGAAAUUAGUACCACAGCAGUCUGAUAAUAUUUCAUUUUCUUUACCUGUCCUUCCUCAUGAAAUCAUUGUGGAAAUAAUCUCUCGUUUGCCAGUCAAAACCUUAAUUCAAUUCAGGUGUGUUUCUAAAUCAUUUAAAACCCUAAUUUCUGAUACCCAGUUUAUCAAAACCCACCUCAGAAAAAUCACAUCUUUUUCAAAAAUCAAGAAGCCCAGUCUUUACCAGAAAAUUACUCCAAACAUCACAUUUUCACCAUUUAGUUUCUUUAAAUCUUGUUCUCUGUACUCAAUAUUUGACAAUUCUCUUAAUGAUCCUAUUGAACUUAAUAGUUACUUUUUAGAGAAAAGGUUUCAGUGUGAUUGGCUUGUUGGAUCCUGUGAUGGAUUAAUAUGUUUUUCUGUGAAGCAAGAUUUUGUGACUUUAUUGAAUCCGUCGACAAGGGUAUUUAAUAGAUUGCCUAAUUUAGGAUUUGGAAGGAAGUCAGGUAGCUAUAGUGUUUUCGGGUUUGGUUAUGAUAGUGAAAUUGAUGAUUAUAAGGUUGUUGCUGUGUUCUGCUUCCAAAAUAAGAAUUCCAGUGUUGGUUUUGGGUAUGAAAGUAUAGUUAAAGUUUGUACAUUGAGGACCAACUGUUGGAGGAGGACUGGAAGUUUUGGAUAUGGAGUUCCAUAUGAUGUCUCGGGGAAAUAUGUCAAUUGCACUCUUAAUUGGCCAGUGAUGAGUGAAGGGGAUUCAGGGUUAAUGUGGAUUAUUGUCUCUUUUGAUAUAAAAAGGGAGACCUAUAAGGAGGUGAUGCAGCCUGAUUAUGGAGAAUUAGUUUACGAUAGGACAUUGGGGGUAUUGGAUGGAUGCCUGUGUGUGAUGUGUAAUUAUCAUGCAGUUCGUGCUGAUUUCUGGGUUAUGAAGGAGUAUGGAGUGAGAGAGUCUUGGAUCAGGUUGGUUACCGUACCUUAUUUGGAUUAUCCAGGGUCAUUGCAUUUGCAGUAUUCAGUGCCAUAUGCCAUUGCAGAUAAUGGUGAAGUUCUGCUGGAAUUUAAGUCCUCUUUGGUGAUUUACAAUCCUAACUAUGGGACAUUUAAGUAUCCUGUGAUAAAUAAUUCUUGUAGUUGGGUUGAUGCAGAAGUUUACAUUGACAGCCUGGUUUCGCCCAAAGUUGAGAUUUAGCAUUUGGAGACGAGAAGAAUGUCUGCAAGAAAUAGAAGUUAAGAAAAUCAAUGGCGUCUAGACCUUCAAGAGGUAGUGAAGUUGACAUGAGUCGGAUGGAAUUGAAGGGAGCUAAAAAGGAGGAGACAGUAAAGGAAGCAAUUCCUAAGGAUAUAAUCUUUGAUAUUCUAUUGUCUCUGCCUCCUAACACUCUAAUUCGGUUUUAGAGCGUUUGCAAGUUAUGUCACUCUAUUAUUACCAGUUCUGAUUUUAGUCGAAGCCACCUUGCCAUUGAAUGGAACAUUUGCACUGUGGAAUCCAGCUAUAAGAGAGUAUAAAUAUUGCAUCACCGGGGCAUAUACAAGAUUCAAAUUCACCGUGGCAGGAACCACUUGGGAGAUAUAUUCUUUAAGGAGUAAUUCCUGGAAGCAUAUGCCGACUCUCCCUUGGAAUUUUAUGAUGUUGUCGCGCCAAGUGGGGUUCUUCGUGGACGGGAACCUUCAUUGGAAGGUUCCUUACGUGAAAGCUUAUGAAUCAAGUGAAGAAGGAUUUGAGUUUGAUGUGGGAAACUUAAUGGAAUACAUCCUUAUCAUGAAUUUGAUCCAUUGUGAUUCACAAAACACGAAUCUUCCUUUCAGUUUUAGUUUGUUCAAUUUGCCUGCUGAUAUAAGGAAUACACAUCCUGUAUUUGAGUUGGGGGUUUUUAAAGGAUGCAUUUGUUUGGUUCAUUACCAUGUCAAAGGGCGUAAACCAGAGUUAAAUAAAGUUGAAGAUCAUACCAUUGAUAUUUGGACGCCCGAGUUAGAUGCAGCUGAGGAGAAAACUAAUUGGACUAAGCUGAUCACUAUUCCGAAAUUAUAUGAUUUGCCCCCUGGUCAAUACGCACCUGUGUGUACCAUCAACAAUGGAGAACUCCUGUUGAACGUGACGGUGAAGCGGGGGAACAAGUUAUAUUUAUUCAACCCGGAAGAGAAGCUGUGCUCGGUGAGGGAUUUUGAUAACAAAACAAGAUAUUUUCAUAAAGUUAUCACUUAUGCUGAAACUCUACUUUCACCAAAUGCCAUUACUAUCACUGGCGAGGAAGACAGCCUGGCGCCACAUAAGUGAGUACGCACUUAUAUAUCAAAAACUUGAAGGACUCAAGAAUAUAUCAUGAAGAGCUCGACAGUUUUCAAGUGAUUAAAUAGAAACUUAGAUGUUCUUCUUUUUUUCUUCUUUUAAAUAGUAUUGCUACAAUACUAAUAUACCUAACUUGAGUGAUCGUAUAUAGUUGAUUAAUUACUGAUUAUAUGGUUUAGUGAUUAGUGAUCUUAUAUAGUCGAUUAAUUAGUGAUCUGAUAUAGCUUUUUUUAACAGAAAAGAAGUUAAAAGACUUUCAAGAAAAGAAAAAAGAAGUUAAAGACUGAUAUACUUUUCUUCUUUUAUAAAUAGAAGAUAGAUUAUAUGAACAACAGAGGCCCUCAGGCCAACUCAAUAAUUUUUUUUAAUCAACCCUCCACAUAUUUAUUUCACAUUAAAGAAUCAGAUUUAUUAUAUGAUUUUUCCUCAUAUUACUUAAUAUUAUAUUUUAUAUUUUAAAUUGAUAUAUAAUUUUCAUCUCAACUUGCAUCUGGAGUUGAGCAAUUAUAUUGAUCAUGUGUAAUUCUUCUUUACCACUUAAAAUUUUCUUACUAAAACUUAAUUACCAAUUUGACCUUAUUUCCAUUCCUUUCCCUCUGCUUUUCUUAUUUUCUUUUAAUAAGCUGAACAAAGGAAAUAGCAAUCUCCUUACAUUCUACCCCCUUCGUCCUCCGUUUUAAACUCAUGCACGCAUGGUCUUCCUAGUAAAACUAGACUAAUACAGCGAGACUGAGUCACUGAGUCACCAUGGCACAGAAGAAGGAACUGGUGGCGUUGACUGAUUCGACUCAUCCCCGACCCACAAAAAGAUUAAAAAUUAAAUGAAGACCAAUGCCACUCACUAGUCAAUGAGACUGAAACGCCCCGAGAUAACACCGAAAAGAAAGCCAACAAAUUAUUACCACAACAAUCUCAUCAAAUUCCAGUUUCAUUGCCAGCUCCCCCUCAUGAAAUCCUUGUGGAAAUCAUCUCUCGUUUGCCAGUCAAACCUUAUACCCGAUUUAUCAAAAUCAACUUCAGCAAAAUCACAUCCUUAUAAAAAAUCAAGAAGUCCAGUCUCUAUCCGAGAAUGACUUCACCGCUUAGUUUCUUUAGAUCGUGUUCUCUGUAUUCAACUGAUGAUAUUGUGCCCGAAGUUGCUGUUUAAAGAAAAGGGUUCCUUCUGAUCGGCUCGCUGGGGUUGUGAUGGAUUAAUAUGUUAUGCUGUCAAGCAACACGUGACUUUGCUGAACCAUCUACAAGGUAUUUAGUAAAUUGCCUUAUUUAGGAUUUAAAAGGAAGUCUCAUAGAUAGACUGUUAUUUUUGGGUUUGAUUAUGGUAGUGAAGAUGAAUAUAUUGUUGCUGUGUUCUGCUAUCGGUAUAAGAACUCUAGUGUUGGUUUUGCGUACGAAUAUAGUUCAAGUUUGUAUACUGAGGUCCGAUCGUUGGAGGAGCAUUGGCCAGUGAUGAGUGAAGGCGACUCAAGAUUAAUAUUGUUUCUUAUGAUUCAGCAAAAGAGCCUAUAGGGAGGUGAUGCAACCUGACUACAGAGAAUUCUGUUAUGAUAGUGGAUGGAUCCCUUAGUGGGAUGUGUCAUUGUCAUGCAGUUGGUGCUGAUUUGUGGAUUAUGAAGGAGUACGGAUUCGGAGAGUCUUGGAUAAAAUUGCUUUAUUUUGAUGAUUUGAUCCAGGGUCAUUGCGUUUGCAGUAUAUUCAGUGCCAUAUUCCAUUGCAGGUACCCUGAUAUAAAUAAUUCUUAAAAUCGGAUUGCUGUAGAAGUUUACAUUACAUGAUAUCCUGGUGGCGCCCAAAUUUGAGGAUUUAGCAUUUCUAGAGACAAAACAAGAAUGUGUGCCGAAAAUGGUUUUGUUGCGCAUCUUGUUAUAGUAGCAUCCUCUGUCCACUGUGUUUUUAUGUUUGCUCGGACACAAAAUGCUCUGCUGAUGUUUGCUUAUUAUCUUUACUGGCUUCUUAAUUUUAUAAUUUCUUUUCCA